AUGGAGAAGGUCAGGAAGACAGAGCGAGCAUUGAGUCAGGCCUCGGAUGAUGCUGCGAGCGUGUCUCCCAUGUCGACACCUGGAGCUUCGCCGCCCAACCCAUCCGAGGGCUACUUUUCUGGCCUGCCCAGCAGGCUCGGCAUGUUCUGGUCGUCCCCAGAAGCAGGCAGUGCAAGUGCCCAGCAUGGCGGGGUUGACAUUCCUGGCGGCAGCGAUCGGCGCAGUCUGGCCGAGCAGGGCCCCGGGGAUGAGGACGAGCGCCCACUGGGCGGCAGCAGCCUGAGCUCGCUGGAGAGCCUGGUGAGGGUGUCCAAGGAGCUGUUGCGGCGCGAGUCCGACAUCUCUGUCGCCAGGCAGAGCGAUGUCGAUGCGGCAUGGGAGACUGUUGCUGCGUUGGCGCCGGACGAGGGUGAGACGGAGAGCUACCGGGCAAUCACCAAGCAGCUGCAGGCGGUGGGCGGGGAGGGGGCAGGUCCUUCAGCGGUGGCGAGCGGUGGCGGCAGGGGGAACCCGGCCGCUGCCGCAUCGCCCCCCGGCCGCCUCAGCGGCACUUUCUCCCGCAGACUCAGCAGCCUGGGGGUCUUUGGCUGGGGCGCCGCCAGGGAAGCCGGCCCUGCUACCUCCGACGCUGAAGCCGCGCUCGCACUGCAGAGACAGAUUCCAGUGGAGCGUGUGGAGGCGCUGCUGCUGUGGAGCGACCCCUACGCGACCGCCAAGGUGUUUGGUGGCGGCCUGUACGUGCUCAUCUGCCUGCGCCACCUCGUCUGCGGUGUGGAUCUCCUGCAGCCGAGCUCGGCCUUGGCAGGGGCAGCACUGUUUGCGCUGCUGUACUCGGCGCUGGCGCGCGCAUGGUCUCAGCGGCGGCCGACGGUGCGGGAGAUGCUGGAUGAGGAGGAGGAGGGAUCGCCGUCGGCCGCCGCAGCGCGCGAGGCCGCCCUGCAGCGCCACGUGGCCGGCCGCGUUCGCGCCGCCGCCGACGCCGUCGCGCCCGUCAUCGCAGCCGUCGCCGGACUAGUCGCGCGGCGCCUCUCAGGCCACGACAGCGUGGGCAGCACGGUGUGGCUGGCGCUGGUGCUGUGGCUGGUCAUGUGCAUCGGCGAGCUGGGCAUUGUGUCGCAGUCCGUGCUGGCCAUGUACGCCUGGAUCGCCCUCUUCUGCCUCCCCUACUUCUACCGCGCCUGCCGCCACGCGCUGGACGCCCUCGUCGAAGAGACGCUGCUGUUCGUGGCCGAGGUGGUCCGCGGAGGGGAGCGGAUGACGCUAGGCAUGGCAGGCGGCGUGGCAGUGCUGGUGGUGGCGGCGGUGGACGCAUCGGUGUUUGCGCGGCUGACGCUGGCGGCUGCCGGGGCCGGGGGCGUGCUGAUCUGGCGGGCGCGGCGGCUGCGCGCACAGGCGCAGACCUCCCUCAAGUCCUAUCCCAUCACGCUGGAAGACUGA